UUCCGACCGCGCACGCGCGCAACUCAUCGCGAAAAACGCCGCGCCCGCGACGUUCGCAAUACGAAAUCUAGUUACGUUAAACAAACACAACAAUUAUAACAACACUGUUAAUUGAUUGGAGCAAUAUUUAUGAAUCCUUGCAGAACUCCGCGUGUUAUCAGUGAAGGAAGUUUUAGAACAUUUCCUUCGGUGUGAAAAUAGUUAUCGCAUGGUUGUAUGAUAAGGUUUCCUAAUUUUAAACUACGAUUCUCAAACAGCGUGAAAUUGGAUUUAAUGUACGAGCACACUAGAUCAAGCUUACAUGAGGGACGUCGGCUGACGGAGAAUAACCCCACGGAGGAGACUCCCCUCCAGUGGAAAUAAGAUCUAAGACAUAUUUCUAUCUUAAGUUAAUCCGGUUCAUACAUCAACAUGAAGUUCCUACACUCGUUCUUCAAACGGAUCACCGACGAUCUCAAACAAAAGAAAUUGAUACCUCUCAAGAUAUUAUUUUUCGUUCAUGCAUCAACGCUAUUCGUGCUGUACCCAUACCUGACGAUCCACAUGCGCGAGCUGGGCAUCAACGUGGAGGAGACGGCCAUCAUGUCUGCCGUGACGCCCGUCGUGGCCAUCGUGCUGCCGCCGCUCGCCGGCAUGGUGGCGGACAAGAUCGGCAACUUCAGGCUGCUGUUGGCGUUGUCGUCGGCGAUGGGCGGGCUGUCGGCGCUGCUGCUGCUGGCGGUGCCGGUGGGGCGCAUCACCGUGACGUUCCCGCCCGCCGUGGAGCUGCUGGCAGACUGCAGCGGCGGCGUGCUCCGCCUGCGGCACGUGCACGACUACCCCUGCCGCCCGCUGCACCCCUACGCCUACGAUGUGAACCUCACGACCCUCUCAUGCGGUUUUGUAUGUGAUCUCCCAUCUGAAAUGAUACAAAACCAAACAGAAGAGAUGACACACAUGCACUCGUACGUCGUGAAACUGCAGUCACCGGUCAGCUCGCAGCAGCUCGUCUACCGCCACACGGUGUCCUCGUUCCUCAAGCCCAUGGCGCCUAAGAAGGACAAGAGCACAGCCAGAAUAUUAACCAACGAUCCCUUAUUCAAUACCACUGCCACUUUGAUCCCCUCUGACCAGAUAUUCUUCCCAGCGCCCCAGCUCUAUAAAAUGGAUUGUACUCACGACUCGCAGAAUGCCUCAUGCUAUUUCGCCUGGGAUAGUUUUGCGUCAGAACAGAAGGAAGUAAACGAUGAGGGUCAUUUUCGAAUCAGAAUAUCACACGACGCCCAGCAGGCUGAACUAGACGCGAGGAAGUACACUGUUAAAGCGAUUACAGCUUGGGAGAGCCAAUCUGAAUUCGUAAAAGAUGUCAGCGACAUUGAGAGUACGACGUGCGAUGACAGUUUGAGUAAGGGUUCAAGCGGGGUAUCGGUACGGGCGGGAGCGCUGCGUUUCCCGCGCUGCGCGGCGGCGUGCGCGGCGGCCGCGCCGCGCUCCAGCCUGUGCGAGAACAAGCAGCAGCAGAAGGAUAUCGACCCCGCGUUCACCUUCUGGGCGUACCUUGCUGUUCGCCUAUCUAUUGGGGUCAUAGGAGGCACGGCGUUUGCGAUGUUCGAAGGCGCCGUGAUCGCCAUCAUCCGCGAGCAGCGAGCCGACUAUGGGCUGCAACGGGUCUACGGCAGCAUCGGCGGCAUGAUCUCCUCGCCGCUGUCCGGGCUGCUCAUCGACUACGCCAGCCGCGGCAAGGGCUACACCGACUUCAGGCCCGCAUUCUACCUGUACGCCGUUUUGAAGGUGUUGUCCGGGGUGCUGAUGCUGAGCAUCAACCUGGAAUUCAAGCAGCCUGCGCAGAACCUGCUUGAUGACGUCAUAUCCGUGUUCCGGAACGUUGAGAUCGUGGCGCUCUUCAUAGCCUGUUUUAUCAUGGGCACCGCGUGGGGCUACAUCGAGAGCUUCCUCUUCUGGCUGCUGCAGGACCUGGGUGCGUCGCGGUCGCUCAUGGGCAUCACCAUCACGGUGGGCGGCGUGGCCGGCCUGCCGCUCCUCGUGCUGUCGGGCCCCAUCAUACACCGCAUAGGACACGCCAAUGUGCUGUUCAUAGGAUUCGUGUUCUACGCUAUUAGGUUACUAGGUUACUCGCUGAUCUACAACCCAUGGCUGUGCCUAAUAUUCGAGGCGCUGGAGUCCGUGACGUCAUCGCUGUCGUUCACCGCGGCCGUGACGUACGCCGCGCGGCUGUCAUCCACAACAACCGAUACUUCAGUGCAGGGACUGCUGGGAGGCAUCUACUACGGCGUCGGUAAAGGAGCCGGGAGUCUUAUCGGUGGUUAUCUCAUGAAGUUCUUCGGCACGAGACCGACGUACCAAAUAUUCGCGGGCGCCACAUUCAUUACCGGAUGCAUGUAUUUCUUGUUCAACAAGUUCUACAUCGGAAAGAGAGCCAUGGGCGACGAGAACGACCUGUGCAAGAAAAAGCCCACGAUAACCGACGUGGAAAAUCGCGAGACAAACUUAGAAGCAGACAAAGGAAAAACCAUACUAGAUGGCGCUGACAAAACUGAUAUAUCUACGUCUGCGAACGUAACUAACGACUCGCCGAAAGUGUCCGAUCAGAAGGCUAUUUUACCACCCGACAACAUAGAUGGCGGUAGUGACUCCGGAGUUGAAAAUCCAGCGUAUACGGAAACGGAAAGCAUUUCGAGUAAUACAAAGAAAAAUGACAGUAAAAUAGGGUAAUCAUGAGAUUUUAUUUAGGAUUUAAUUAAUAAAUAAUUCCAUAAAUUUAGUUAUAACAGAUUUUAUUGUAAUGUAUAUAAUAAAUUAUUUUAAUUUAAUUAUA